AUGUACUUCACUCAAGUAUCACUUGUCGUGCUCGCUGGAGCAACGAUUGCUACUGCUGCACCCCUCGAAGCUCCUAAACAUACCCUCUAUGGGCGCACAGCGCAAUACCACAGCAGUUGCGAUAAGCCUGGCCCUGAUGGCGGAGAAAACAUGAAAGCAAAGGCCCAAAGAGCCUUCACAGACGCAUCGCAAAUGGCAUACCAGACACAGAUCCGCCAUGACAACAGUGGAAAAGCUUUCACAGAGAGCUCUGCGCAUUAUUUCGCCGACGCGGACAGGGACCAAGUCAAGCGAAUGAUGCAGGUUAUCUAUAACAGCCGCCUUCCAGUGGAUGACAACGACGGCGGUCAGGGCUACUUCAUCGACAUUCGCUGUGGUAACAGUGAGGACCCUCAAACAUGCAGUGGAUCCACUCUGGCUGGCACGAACGCGAGGCCUGGUCAAUCAGUUAUGGUUCUCUGCGAUCGCUUUUUCCGCAACUCCGAGCCACGCACCAAGAACGACUUCCAAACCAAGAAAUUCGACGACAGUCGCAACGGCUGGUGCCAGCCCAACGAAGAAUUCCCCUUCUUCGAAAUCGCGGGUCUGACAAUUUUCCACGAAAUGACACAUCUGCACACCGUUGGCCAGAGGGCUGGACUCGAAGCCUUCCCCGACCCCGAUGGCUACAGCACCUCUGGCACGAUCGAUGUCUACGAGAAGGGUGGCGACGAUGACCGUGCGAAGUACAAGGACAUGGAUCCCUGGAAAGCGGCCCGGAAGCUCAAGCAGCUUUGGGAUGAGUACGAUGCGGACAACUCAAAGUACAAGCCCUUGUGGAGCCCGAUUCACAACGCAGAUAGUUAUGCUGCUGCGGCAUUGGAGUUUUCGUAUCUGGAGCCUUGUAAAUGGGAUGUUAUCUUGCCUAACUCAGUCUGA